CCCUUCUUCGUUAUCACAAUUCUUGGCGGGAACAGAAGCAGUAGACAAAAGUAGAAAAAUCCCGAGAAAGUUGAGCAAGAAAAAAAGAAGGAAAAAAAUGGGAAAAGACGAGGAGGAGAUGAGGGGAGAAAUAGAGGAGAGGCUGAUUAACGAGGAGUACAAGAUAUGGAAGAAAAACACGCCCUUUCUGUACGAUUUGGUCAUCACGCAUGCCCUAGAAUGGCCUUCGCUCACUGUCGAAUGGCUUCCCGAUCGUCAAGAACCUCCAGGGAAGGACUAUUCCGUCCAGAAAAUGAUUCUCGGGACUCAUACCUCCGAGAACGAGCCCAAUUACCUCAUGCUUGCUCAGGUCCAGCUUCCUCUGGAAGAUGCCGAGAACGAUGCUCGCCAUUACGAUGACGAUCGAGCCGAUGCUGGUGGAUUUGGGUGUGCCAACGGCAAGGUACAAAUAAUACAGCAGAUAAAUCAUGAUGGAGAGGUUAAUCGGGCUCGUUAUAUGCCUCAAAACCAAUUUAUUAUUGCAACUAAGACUGUUAGUGCCGAAGUUUAUGUUUUUGAUUAUAGCAAACACCCAUCGAAGCCCCCUUUGGAUGGUGCGUGUAGUCCGGACUUGAGGCUCAGGGGGCACAGCACUGAAGGGUAUGGUUUAUCAUGGAGUACGUUUAAAGAGGGCCAUUUACUUAGUGGUUCAGAUGAUGCACAGAUAUGCUUGUGGGAUAUCAACGCAACACCUAAAAACAAAACCCUAGAGGCUAUGCAUAUUUUUAAGGUGCAUGAGGGUGUCGUAGAAGAUGUAGCAUGGCAUUUGAGGCAUGAAUACUUAUUUGGUUCAGUUGGUGAUGAUCAAUAUCUGCAUAUAUGGGAUCUCCGGACUCCGACAGUUAGCAAGCCAGUUCAAUCUGUCAUAGCUCAUCAAAGUGAGGUUAACUGCUUGGCUUUUAAUCCCUUUAAUGAAUGGGUUGUUGCAACUGGAUCCACUGACAAAACUGUUAAGCUGUUUGAUCUUCGCAAAAUCGGUACCACACUCCACACUUUUGAUUGUCACAAGGAGGAGGUUUUCCAAGUUGGAUGGAAUCCAAAAAAUGAGACCAUCUUGGCUUCUUGUUGCCUUGGACGGAGGCUCAUGGUGUGGGAUCUUAGCAGAAUUGACGAAGAGCAAACACCAGAGGAUGCUGAAGAUGGCCCACCAGAGUUGCUGUUUAUUCAUGGUGGUCACACAAGUAAAAUAUCUGAUUUUUCCUGGAACCCAUGUGAAGAUUGGGUCAUUGCUAGCGUUGCUGAAGAUAACAUUCUCCAAAUCUGGCAGAUGGCUGAAAACAUCUACCAUGAUGAAGACGAUUUACCCGAAGAAUCAACAAAAACUGCUUAAUUAGUAGUCGAUAUGGAUCGAAUUUAUGCACAGUGAAGUACGUAGUAAGUCUUAGGUCAGGCUGACCAGAGUUGAAAUAUGCAAAAUUCACUUCAUGGUCUUUGAAUUCAUUCAUUUGGAUUUGGUCUUAUCUUCCGAUCAUCAGAAUUGAGCGAAUGCAAGGGUUUGGUCUGGCAUGCAUUGUUUUGGAUGAAAUUACGUGCAAUUUUCCCUUCCAUUCUGCUGCACUUCAAUAGUCGAUAUAUUUAUAUAUAUAUAAAUAUGUAUAUGACUUUUUGUAUUUCAGAUUAACCCUAAGUGACACGUUUAGAGGCACAAAAAAUAGUUGAAAGAUUCAUCAACACAUGCCAAUUUAUAUACGUAAAAUUUUAUGCUUGUUGUCCCAGCUUA